CCUUCCUCCUUCGCCCUCUAUAAAUGCCCCCUUCCCACCUCCCUAAUUCCCUCUCGAGCAAACCCUAUCGGCGGUUCUACCCCUCGGCGAUGCGGAUCGGAGUGAAUGUCACAAUUCCAGUCAUGAUUGCUUUGAAUAAGUAGAUGACCUGCAGAAUGGCAGCUGGUCAAAGAAGGAAGCAGCAAACAAAUUCUAACUCUCAUAAACAAUACAGUGGAAAAAAGAAAAGAAAGCUGGGCCCAUAUGAUUUAUGUUUGAGAUCCCAAGUAGAUCUGGAAUGGGAUGUUCGUCAAAAGAGAGUCGUAGCAAAGAAGGCACAAGUUGGAUUAACAUGGAACUAUAUGGCUCCUUUUGUUGAUUCCUUUACUCGAUCACAUUCUGGCAUAGCUGAUGUUGUCUCUGUUCCUUAUGAGAUUUUUGACUUGGACAAUUUGUCUGAGGUGCUUACUUAUGAGGUUUGGGCAACAUGUCUUUCAGAACCAGAGAGAAAGCUUCUCUCACAGUUUCUUCCUAGUGAGACAGACACUGAACAUGUUGUUCAUUCAUUGCUUAAGGGAGAAAACCAUCAUUUUGGAAAUCCUUACUUAAAAUGGUCUUCUUCACUUUGUGCUGGUAAUCUUCAUCCAGAUAACGUUCUACAUCUGGAGAAGCAAUUUAAGUUCAAUAAGAGAGCAUAUUAUCAUGAGAUAAAUAAGUACCAUAGUGGCAUGCUUGAGGUUUUGAAAAAUUGGAGAGAGAGAUGGUUGAGCUGCAAGGAUCCAGAAAAUCUUUGGAGUGAAGAAUUUACCAAGAACAAGCAAGAAAACUUAGCAAUUUGUGCAGAAAGGGCUAAGGUUCCUAAUUGUUCAAAGAGGGAAAUGUCAAAUAAUAACAGCGUCCACAACAGUGAUACAAUUAAAUUUAUGUCAUGUAUAAAGAUAACUAGGUCUCAGUUCCAGCUGGUUAAGAAUUUAAAGCAUUCUGGUGAUGGUAUCCAAUCCAAGUCUCUUAGUCAUGUGCUUGGUGACAUAAAUAGCUUUCAUGCACAUUCUUAUGUAACAUAUGAGGAGGAAGAAAAGAAGAGGUUGCAUGAACAAUGGUUGCAAAUUGCAAGGAAGGAUCUCCCUGCAGCUUUUGGGGUAUACAAGGGAAGGAAGUUGCAUAGAGAGCAAUGCUGGAAAUUUUUGGAACAGGAACUUGCAAUGAAGAGGAAGCUGAUACUGCAUAAGGAUGAGAAGACAGAAAAUUUGGAGAGCUCGAAUCAAGAAUCUUCAUACAGUGGAGAUCUUCAUGAGCAUGAGCAUGCUCCAGAUGCUGAAGGUGAAAAAAAUGAAGAUGUUGACCCCAGAUAUGAGGCCAUUAAUGACCAUCAGCUGGAAAAUAUUCCUUCCAUUGACCCUAAUCAGAAGACUUGUUUUAUGGUUGCCAAUGAUGAAGCAGUAGGUGAAGAUACACUAAAACAAGAAGAUUGUGUUUUACCUCUUUCUGAAUCUUUAUAUUGCCAGAGUGAAAAUAUUAAACUGGAGGGUUCUCUUGCAUCUGUGAAAAGUAUGUGGCAGCCCAGAAGCCUCGCUGACUAUUACUGCAACACUUCACAAGUUCAUGGAUACUUGUCUGCUGAUCAGAUGAUACCUGUGAGACAUAAACAAGUCAAUGAAGAACAUGCGGCUCACAUUAUUGAUCUGAAGAGAGAUGUUCCCCAACUGGAAGCUGGAAAGACUGUUGCAUCAGCUUUUAUCAGAGAAUCAAUCUUUUAUUCACCAGCAAACCAAGAUUGUACCGGUGUACCUCCCACAUGUCCAGAGGGAUCAGGAAUGCUAUCAUCUUAUACACAUCAACACAUGAAUAGUGUGAGGCAACCUGCAUUGCAUUUUCUGAUGCCCAAUGAUCGUCUUACAGAUUCUGGUCAGUUUGCUAGCCUUUUCGUAGGGCCAGCACAGAUACAGCAGCAGAGAGAAGUUUGGGAGAAAGGACCUCACAUGCAUCAGACUGUGAAUGAAAGUGCAUACACUACUGGCAGAUAUGCUAGCAAAAGGCAGUUUCCACCAGCUGACCAACAUGGUUUUUCUGCCAUGUAUUCUUCGGGCAAUAGUGGUUCUGUAGGUUACAAUUGGUUUCCUGAUGAGAAUCAAGAGGCUUACCACAAUUGGUCUGGAGUUGCAACAUCCAGCAGUAGUCACAGUGUUGCUGUUGGCAAAAAUUCUGAUGGAAACCUCUUCAGUGUUUUCUCCAACAGAUCAGUGUGCUCUCCAUUGGAAGUGCUGAACUCGGAACAGUAUAUUCAAACAAGGAAUUUUGAUGGUGUGGAAAUGGCCAGUGCUGAAGAUACUCGUGCCUAUGCACAAACUCAACUUCACAACUCAGGUGGUCAUGAGGCAGUCGGUGCCUCCUCAUUGAGGAGGGGAUCAUGGAUUAAUACUCCACAUCACAGUCUUGGCCUUCAUAAUCCUGGUGGAAGGCCAUUUCCAAGACCCUGACACCUAUAUCACCCCACCUUGACACAAGACUAUGCCAUCACCUACUGAUCAUUUUAACUUGCAAAGGAAGCUCAUCUGUAGAAUGUAGAUACUGCUGACAGGCCAGUUUAUUUAUAUCCUCACAUAGAUGGCCGACCUACUCUGAGUGGCACAAUGGAAAUCUAUUAAUCUGUAAAUAUGGUCUAUACUGUACAUAUAUGUGGGAAGUGAGUGGAUCUAAUAACACCGAGAUCAGAUACACAUGUUUUGUUUGGUAUGUAAUCUUUGGUUCAGUUUUGCCUUUCCCCAUUGUUGAAGGGCAUAUUUGUUGUCAUAGGGCAUGAGUUCCCUUGCGCAGUAGCAAUAAAGUCUUGAUUUGGUGA